AUGUCAGCAGAAGAGGUUGCAAAAGCCUUCACCAGCCACUUUUAUCAAGCUUUUGAUUCUAAUGUUGAUUCCUUGGCGGGGCUAUUUCAAGCUCAGUCAAUGAUGACAUUUGAGGGUCAACAAUUCAUGGGCCCACAAGCUAUUAUUGGAAAGCUUAAGCAAGUUGGACAAGUACAACAUCAAGUAAAGUCUAUGGAUGUCCAACCGUCCACGAGCGCUUCGGCUCUUAUCAUUUUCGUGACAGGAACCAUCAAAAUCGGAGGCGACAAUCCUCUGCAUUUCAGUGAAUUCUUCCAACUUGUCUCUACUGGACAAAACCAAUACUACGUACACAAUAGUGUCAUGAGACUCAACUAUGGAUUGUAA